UUGUGGGUGGAUCCUGUGUUUGUGUUACGAGGCGCUACAUCACCUGUGACUGCCGUGAGCUUCCUGCUGCCACCAGAGGGAGACAAAGUGUACAAGAUUGCUGCCGGCACUCAGGAUGGUCGCCUACUAAUCUGGAACCUAAAGACCAAAUGUGUUGUUCAAGAGUGGUCAGCAAACUGCAGUUCAUCUAUACAAUGGAUAUACAGUGAGGCAGCACAGCAGUUGUGGACACACCAGAGACAUGGCUAUGUCCAGCUGUGGGACUUAACCUUCCCCUCUCCUGAGGUCAAAGUACAGUUUGACAUCAGUGAUUACCUGGGAUUUAGCCAGUCUCACUUCACCAUAUUGGAUAAUGGCUCAAGAUUACUGGCCAUACCUGGACCUGGACAGGAAGGUGUGAGUGUUUGGGAUGUGGAUUCAAACUACAAAAUAUGUUCCUUGUUGCCUCCACACACCACAAACCGUGGAAGUCUCAUGCAAGCAAGAUAUGUAAAAGUGGCAAGAAAAGUUGCUCUUGUUGUUGCAUAUGAAAGUGGACACAUUAGUUUGUGGAACUGGAAUGAGAAAAACAUCAUGAGUGAAGUUGAUGUGAAUGAAAGUCCUAUAUGUUUAACUUAUGAUGAUGAGUCUCGCAUGGGCAUCAUUGGUACAACAUCGGAAAAAGUGUAUAUAUUUAAUAUUAGCAGUAAUCUGAUCAUUAGUGUAGUCAAACACUUAUUCAUCACCAAUGGUGGUGUUUCGUCUUGCGUGGUGCGGCUGGACGGCAAGAUCUUUGUGACGGGAGGCUGGGACUCUCGUGUGCGUAUAUUUUCUGCCAAAAGAUAUAAGCCGUUGGCUGUGUUGCAGUACCACAAGAAAACAGUGGAGUGCCUUGCUUAUUCUACCAGUGAUGUUGAACACUUUGGUUGUGGGCUUCUCCUUGCUGCUGGUUCAUCAGAUAACAGUAUAUCUCUCUGGAAUAUAUUUAAUUCGUAAAGAUAUCUUAAAGGAAGUUCACCGGGAUUGUCUUCUUCAGUAGUUGCAAGUAGGAUCAACCACACCACAGGGGCAGAUCCAGGAAUAUCAAAAGAGGGGGUCUAAGAAGUUGUGGGUGGGGGAACAUGGCGAGCACAGCGAGCAUAUCCAGCUGAUUUGGGGGAGGAGGGAGGACACUAUAAGUCCCGCAGAAUUUUUUUUGGAUCUGACCAAUAUCAUGGGCAUUUUGAGACCAUUUGCACUUGAUAUUAGGAUAUAUUCUGAGGUCAAUAGUAAUUACCUUUUACCAUAAUUUACUAUAACUGAAAGUGGAAGAUGAUCAGAAUAAAAUUAUGGUUCCACUCUUUUAUUUUAGAGAAAUUUGCAAAUUAUUACAUAGAAAUGAAGUAGAAGUUAGUCAUGCAGUACAGAACCAUAAAAUAUCCUUCGGUCAUUUUCUGAAUGAACUUUUGAUAAAUGUUAUCUUUGCCAAUAUCGCAGCUCUGGUGAAGGUGCACCAGCAUGAGGCCAGUGAGUCGCUCCUCUGACAAGGUGGGUCACAGAAAGGAUUUUGCUCUUCUGAGUCCACUAAAUGAUCUUACUGCUUCCAAUUGGUAGUGUGCAUCCUAUUCUAAGCAGGUCGGCAAUAUUUGGAAACUGAUCCCCAUCCAUCACCUUAAGGCAGCUAAGCAGGCUGGUCGGCAGCUGGUCAGCAUUCUGCCUCUGAGAACAGAGUUACACACAUUAAGAUCUAUGUUCUGUGACUGAAGAUAUCAGAUACAAAAAGGACUGACACUAGCACAUAUAAUUUAGUCAUUAUGAAUAUUAUUACUGUACAGCAAAAAAGAAACAUUCAAUGCUUUCCAGUUUCAUAUCUUAAUUUAACUAAACCCAUUUAUAAAACAUACACAAAAUAUGGCUGUUCCCAGCUUGCAUGGACAGUCUGGUAGGUGCCACAUGGGAGACUCAGAUAUUGUAUAUUAAUCCUGUAUCUGCAAUUGAAAAACAAAGCAAAUGAAUUAUUGAUAUAUUCACAGACCUGCCAAUGGGCCAUCCAUUCCUGUAGCUUGUUGGUGAGGGAAGAAGGAACUAGAAGAUCUGCCUCCCAAAACUUCAGCUUCAGACAAGUGUCUUCAACAUCAAAGCAAUUUAUAGUGUUAACUAGCAGCAGGGAAAAUAUUGCUUGGCUCAGUUGAGUGUCUGUAGUUUUGAAUAUUGUUUUUAUCUCAGAUAUAGUGUAAUCAAUGAAAGGGAUUGCAACAUUCUUUUUGAAAUGUUCAUAUGUGGAACUUGCUGUAGCAUUAGCCCUGUGUUGUUGCCUUCCUGUGAUCCUUCUUGGAAUCUCAAUUGCACAUUCAACAUAAUCUGCCAUUUUCUCAUGGACUGUGUACCAUAAAGUAAACUCUGUGUCGAAAUUGGACCUUAUUUCUUGAAGCCUUGCAGUUGCACUUUGAACCAGUAGAUAGGCUCGGUAAAUGUCCUGAUCUCGUUUUUGCAGUUUCGUUGCCAGAGAUCGGAAAACUUCCAACGUGCUUCUCAUAGUUUGGAAAACCACGAUGUUGGUAGAAAACCUCAUGUUGAAUAAGAGUCCUUGAACUCUUACCCUGGUAUCAUGAUCCCAAGACCAAUCUUCAAUUUGGUGAACAUCAAUACCGUCAGUGUGAUUCUUUCUGUACAUCACUGGGAAUGAGGGUGGGUCAAUAAUACAGUCCAGGGUAAGUGCCACAUAUGAGUAUAGUUCUUGAAAAGUAUCAAGGCAUAUACAGUCGACCCUCGUUAAUUCGGACCCCUUUAAUCAGGAUUUUGGAUAAUUCGGACAAAAUCUGAAUUUUUUUUUUUAAGGUUUGUAGGAAUAUUACCUCCGCGGACCUUAAGCUAAA